GAUACGAAUUGAUAGUGUUUUAUUUUAAUUUUCUUUCAUAUUCAUAGUUCACCAAAAACAAAAAAAAAUUUGCCGCUGUUUGUGUAGUAUUGACAACCCUAAAUUAUUGGUGUGCUCGGGACAAGAAGAAGCAGCAGACAAACGCACAUUUUUUUGUGUAUUGUACCACAACACACAAUCCGACUGACCGGCUGUAGAAUUUUGUUGUGCCAAAUUCAAAUAGCAAUUGACAUUAAAUACAAUGCAGCAGCCGGAGCAGGCCAAAGAAACAGACGGCGAUGUCGAUAUGCCAUCCACAUCAGCUGAUACACCAGCCAGCGAUGAAGAUUUGAUCAGCUUCACAACGCAAGCAUUUAAAAAUGUUGUGGCUGCCACACGCUGCUGCAACGCUUUCCCGCAAGGCGCCUCACGCACUGUACAUCUUAGUAACCCAGCGUAUGGAGUCAUGUUGGAGCAGCAGUCAGAUCGUGUGCUGAAUCUAAUAGGCAAAGUUCUGCAGUCUGAAAAGCUCAGAUGUGACAUAAAAAGGCGCCCAGCGGAUGAGCAGCUAGAAAUGGUGCAAGAAUGCAAUGAUAUAUUGUUUGAGCGCAUUACUACCAAUUUGGACCUUAAGAGUGGACAAAGACGACGCAACCAGCAUAUGGUGGUGGAAACACAAAUAGAUGUGCCGAACCCAACUCCAAGUGAACCAGUUAAGGAUAAUGGCACACCACGCGCUGGCAGCUGGAAUCGCAGCAGCAACUUCACCACAGCUGUAAGCUCUCCAGCCCGUGGCAUAGUGUCGGCACGUUUGUUUACGGCCAAGAACAUAGUACGCCCACAAACGCAAUUUAAGGUGCCCGUAGAUAACAGCGCGCAGAAUCCAUUUAUGCCUAGAUUAACGGAGAAGCCCAAUUCGUUGAAGCCGCUAGCUUUGCUGCCCGAGUACGAUGACUCUGGCAAUGUGGUAUCCUAUUUGCAUCCAUAUGAGUUUGAGUUAAUGAAAUUUGAGCCGUCGCCAAAGCAGCUACAAAGGCAACAGCCCGUGAUGCCAGCACCAUUGGCACAAACUAAGCUGAUGAUUGUAAACACUGUGGAGAUGCUUAAGCAGGCGCUGAAUGAGCUGCUUCAGGCGACGCAUAUUGCUAUUGAUGUGGAGCAUCAUUCCUAUCGCACCUUCAUGGGCAUUACGUGUCUGGUGCAGAUGUCUACACGAACCAAGGACUAUAUAUUCGAUACGUUAACUUUGCGUGACGAUAUGCAUAUACUAAAUCUAGUACUGACGGAUCCCAAAAAGCUCAAGAUAUUGCAUGGUGGCGAUUUGGACAUUGAGUGGCUGCAGCGGGAUCUCUCGUUAUAUGUGGUUAAUCUUUUUGACACGCAUCGCGCUGCCAAAGUGCUCAACAUGGCUCGUUUGUCUUUGGCUUUUCUGCUCAAGCAUUAUGUGGACCUAGAUGUGGACAAAAGCCUGCAGCUGGCGGACUGGCGCAUGCGUCCCCUGCCGCAGCAGCUUAUUGACUAUGCGCGUCAGGAUACACAUUAUCUCAUCUAUGUGUAUGAGCGUAUGACCAACGAUCUGCUGCAAGUGGAGCAAGGUCAGCCACAGCAGCUGCGACUGGUAUAUGCACUGAGCGCGGAUGUGUGUAAGAAGCGUUACACGAAACCCCACAUAGGCCCCGACUCACAUCUGGAUUUGGUGCGCAAGACCAAACGAGCAUUUGACAAUCGUCAGCUUUAUGCGCUUCAAGGCAUAUUUGCCUGGCGAGAUGCCACCGCACGUCAAGAGGAUGAAAGCUAUGGCUAUGUGUUGCCCAAUCAUAUGAUGCUGCAAAUAGCCGAGAGCUUGCCGCGUGAAAUGCAAGGCAUCUUGGCCUGCUGUAAUCCCAUACCACCGCUGGUGCGGCAACAACUACACACGCUGCAUCAAAUCGUUUUAAAGGCGCGUGAGCAGCCGCUGAUCAAACCUGUGCUGGAAAGCAGCGACAAUGUUAUGGGCGCUGCGCUGCCACUUGCUGGUGCGCAAAAGGAUUUGAACAGCAAACUGCACUGUCCACAUGACUUUGCGCAUAUGGAAGAGUUGCGUGAUGAUUUGCCUACGCUGCUGGUGCGCAGUAGCACAGGCAAAUUGCUACGUCCGGAACAGGCAGCGGUGCCUCCAUUAGUGCCUUUGGCAAUGCCAGCUUGCGCUUUGUUUGGCAAGCCUGCAAAAGUUAAUGCAGCGGAUCAGCUGCGUUGGCAGCAGGCACGUCAGGAAAGUCAAACGAUGCGCUUACCAUACAAACGCUAUUUGGCCAUCUUGCCGCUUAUGCAACAGCAAAAGCUGGAGCAGAACGCACGCGAGCAAAGUGAGUUGGCCAAGCGACGUUUGUGUCCAACAGCGUCUACGCAGCAGGAGCAACAGCAGCCGGCAGAGCAGCCAAAGGAGCAAUCCGCAGAAGAUGCGUUCUACAGCUUGCCAUUAAGAGAACAGUUGAAGCGCAAAUUUGUGCCAUCAAAGCAAGCAGAGCAAGCCACCCAACCCAAACGCCUUAAAGAAGAAAUGCAGCCUAGCACAAGCAAUUCAACUGCUGUUAAGGAAGAAGUGGUCAGAAUUCCCAGCAGUGAUGACGACGAUGCGGUGAUUGAAGUGCCUAUAGAAAAAGAAGAUCCAUCAAAUGUAGCAAGCAAAAAGCAGUCAAGGCGUCAGCAGUUCAAGGCCAAGUCAAGACAUCAGGCACAAAGUUCCAAUCAACCUGUGCAGCUGCUGGCUAAAAAAGAAGUUAAGAAUUUCGACUACAGCAGUGUGGACUACAAACAAUUCAGGGGCGGAGCUAAACGCAUUGGCGGAACUGAAAUCAAACAAGCGCAACGAGGCAGAAAUCGUCCCAACAAUCGCAAUAACAAACAGUUUAACAAACUAUUUACAUUCAGCAAUGUCAAGCAGGGCAAAAAAUAAUUAACAAUUGGA